AGACGUGUACCAGCAACAUUUGUUUACCAGCUGAGAAAAUGGCGCCGAAACAAUUCUGCUUUUCCAGUUAAAAACGCAGAUCUUCGUGUUGUUAUGAAGUAAAUUAACAAUGACCGAGCCGAUUAUAUGGGAAAAUCAAAGAUUAGAAGUUCUUCACGAAUUGGGCAAAGGUGCUUGUGCAAUAGUUCAUCUGGUUAAACAUGAAGGAAAUAAGGAACUUUAUGCUUUAAAGAAAAUAGAAUUGGAUGAAAGCCGCAAAACAAGAACUAAAGAUGCUGUUGUUAAAGAAGCCAAUAUUAUGGCCACACUCAAACACCCUCACAUAGUUACUUAUCGUGCUUCUUUCUUUGAUGCUAAUGAAAGAAAUUUAUUCAUAGUUCUUGAUUAUUGUGAUGGUGGAACUCUUGACGAUAAAAUUCGGGAAGCGGUCAAGAAUGAACAAAAUAUUCCAGAGAGAGAUGUACUCCGCUAUUUUUUGCAAAUCACGCAAGCAUUAAGGUUUUUGCACUCUCACAAAAUUCUACAUAGAGAUGUAAAGUCAUCGAAUGUCUUUUUAAAUCGUUCUGCGUCUACUUGCAAACUUGGUGAUUUUGGUAUAGCGAAAAUGAUGAAUGAAACUAUGGAUAAGGCAAGUACAUGUGUUGGCACUCCUUGCUACUUGAGUCCAGAAAUGUGUCAAGAUAUACCUUAUUCAUCGCAAUCAGACAUUUGGGCACUUGGAUGUUUAUUAUAUGAGUUAUGCGCUUUGAAACCAGCAUUUGACGCUCAUAAUUUAAUCUCCUUAUUUUACAAAAUUGUUCAAUGUCAAUAUGAGCCGAUCCCCAAAUAUUAUUCUGAUGGUUUACGAGAGGUACUUGACAAAGUAUUAACUAAAAUUCCAGAAGAAAGGCCAAGUGCUAAAGCUAUAUUAUCUUUGCCGUUCAUCAAAGAAGAAUUAACAAAAUAUAUUGAUAAUUUAUCAAUAACAUGUCAAUCUCGAGGUAGAAAAGAUAGACCAAAUACUUCUCCGCCUAACAAUGUUGAUCCUAAUGCAUUUCGAAGGCGAGUUGCCUCUUGUAAAGGUGUUUUUGGUACUAUUCGAGAAGAGGAAAGACCUCAAAGUUCACUUUCUACAAGUGAAACGUUAAAAUUAUCACAAGAAUACGAGGGAGGUAAUGAUGCAGAAGAUGAAGAUGAUCCAGAUGAUACGUGGAAAGGAGCUGCUAUGGAAGGUGCUGUCAUGGAUGGCAGUAUGUCUUUAUCACCAACUUCUAGCUCUGAUCUCGGAUCUCACACUCCUUCUCCUCAUCUUACUCCUCGUAAACUCCAACAUCCACCUCAAAUUCUGCAAAUGCAGCUGCCCUCUGGUGGAGAAUCACCACGAGAUAAAACCCGUCAGAAGGGCAAGCUGGCGCCGCUUUUAAGCAAACCAAACAUAAAAGAUGAAAAUAAGAAAGUUGGGGAAAUUUCCAUAAAAGGCAAGGGUGUUACAUCACCACCACUUCGUUCGACAAAGUCUAAUUUACAAAAAAGUGUUGAUUUGCCAACUGUCUCAGUUUCAUUUGCCACGGAAUCUAACAUAGUAAAUGCUACCGAUUGUUAUUCUGACGAUUUUGAUUCGGAUAAAGAAGGAAUAGAAUCUUGCGAAGAAGGUUUACAUUGGCGGGCGGUUUUUUCUUUAAAACUUAUGCAGGUUUAUUUGUUUCUAGACAUACCGGAAGAGAUAUCAAGCGGAGAACAGCUGUUAACUACCAAGUGCCUGAGAGCCACAUCAUACUGCUCUAGCAAUUACGCUGACAUGAGUGAGAUUCCAGAAGAUAUUGCAGAUGAAUCAAAUGAACAGUUUAGUAUUUAUGAUAAUGACUUCGAAGAAGAUAUAGACGAGGACGUAGAAGAAAUAAUAUCUGUUGCCAAAGACGUUUGCCGUAUUAAAGAAGAAUCUGAUGAAGAAGAUCAAGUAGUUUUCGGAGACGGAGAGGAUUUAACAUAUUCUCUUUUACAUGAACAAUGCAAAACGGCUUUGGGAGAAGAAACUUACAAGACGGUCUGCAAAUUGUAUCAAAAGAAUUUCGAAAUUGAACCAGCCAAAUUAGAAGGUGUGGUAGGAAAGGAGAAAUUACAACCUGCAUAUCUGAUGGGUGCUAUAAUGAGAAACUAA